AUGUCGUCGCUGGCGAGCGGUGUGGCUCCUGCGUCCGAGUCGUCGGGUAUGCGCCAGCGCCAUGCACCACAAGGUGGAAAAGUGAUUGAUAGGACUACGAAAGCGAUCCAGCGCGAGCCCGAACCAAAAUCGCAGGCAUUCUACGCGCCGUUGGUUGACACGGUGUGGCGGGUCUAUGUGAUGGCGUCAGGCAUCCUUGGCACGAGUGUACAGGAACCCGUGGAAAUUCUGAUCAUGUUGUCUGUCUAUGCCAUCGUUCUGAGCGGUGUGUGUCUCGCUUUGUACCACUUCCCCAACUAUGUCCAAAAUGCGUCUCGCCGUGUGCAUUACUAUCUCACCGGCGAGCAACCUGUACAAUAG